AAAACGUUCACUUUUGUAGGCUUCCCCAUUUUUCUGAUGUCCAUCUCACCUUUUUCUUUCUCAUAAAACCUCUUUGCAGCCUCAGAACAGUACCAUCUCUCUCUCUUUCUUCAACUUGCUUUCGAUCAUUAUCAUUAUUUAUGCAAGUUGUUUGUUGCUUCUCUUCUCAGCUUAAAAAAGCUUAUCCAUGGAUAGUCUAAUGGUUGCUACUACUGCAACUGUGCAAGAAAACAAGAAAAGAGCUCCCAAAAGAAUCAAGAAAGUCAAGAAACAGCCUAUGAAAGUUGUUUACAUAACUAACCCUAUCAAGUUCAAAACCAGUGCUUCUCAAUUUAGGGCUUUGGUGCAAGAACUCACUGGCCAAGAUUCUGAACUGCCUGCAGACCCAACUAGCUGGUUUCUUGAUCGUUAUCAUCAUGAUGGUGAUAAUCUAACGGACCCAGAUGCAUCAAGAAACAAUGAUGAUGAUGAUCGUGCACUGGUGGAGGUGGUCCCCACUUUGGAUUUUAAAGACCACGAGCAACUUGAAAGAGUAGUACUAGAUCCUGAUGCUCCUCCACUGGAGUUGUUUGAUGAUAUUUUCAUUCCCCAAAUAUUGGAGAGUUGCUCCUCUUCUGGGUUAAUGACAUCAAGUUUAUUCUAUGAAUCUUCUGCUGCUGCUUCUGCUACUACAACAACAACUCAUGUGGAUUUGCUAAGAACCCUAAAUUGAGUAAGCACUUUCUCUCUGGAUAUGUAAUUAAUUAAUUAACUAAUUAUAAUAUGAUGUUUGGUAAUUUCCUUAUGUAAUUACUAAUUAACAAUAAUUAAACUUUUCCCUGUGCAAUCUGAUCUUGGAUUCUAUCUUUCAA